CGGGGCUUCACUGGAGGCAAAAACCAUGAAAGGGUCUGUCGUAUUUAGCAGUUAAAAUCGCCAUCGAAAUUUACAAUUUAACUCCAUCUAACCGUGGGAAGGAUAGGAACACCCCAAGAGCAGCCAGCAUGGAUGCAGGAGAAGACCAAAACACAAACAACACAAAUGGAAAUCCUCAGACGAGUGGGAACUCCCGAGCACCUCAGAUCGCCCACAUGUCUUUAUACGAAAGGCAAGCUGUACAGGCUCUCCAAGCACUGCAAAGACAGCCUAAUGCAGCUCAGUACUUCCAGCAGUUAAUGCUGCAGCAGCAGAUCAGCAAUGCUCAGCAACUGCACAACUUAGCUGCCGUGCAACAGGCCACGCUUGCAGCGAGUCGCCAGUCCAGCACUACAAGUAACAGCAUGUCUCAGGUGCCGACCACUGCCAACCUAAGCACCACGUCUGCAGGAGUAACUAUGACCAGCCCUCGUCCACAUGGCCCAGCCACAUCUGCAACAACAACAGCUCUCAACCAGUCGGUGCUGCUGGGAGGAAAUUCUGCAGGGCAGGGACAGAUGUAUCUUAGGGUCAACCGCUCUCUCCGGGCUCCGCUUGCUUCCCAGCUCAUCUUCAUGCCUGGUGGUACGACAGCUACAGUAGCAACUGUUGCCCAGACACAACCACAGCCGCAGCAGCAACAGCAGCAGCAUGAAGCCGCUUCCACCGCCGCUAGUUCCCAAUCGGACAGUGACCAGGUGCAGAACCUAGCGCUACACUGUGCAUCCACCCCAAAAGCAGUUGCUGUUAAGUCUGAGUUUCCAGAGAGAAAAGAUGGUUCCAGUUUUCCUCUCGCUCAGCAGCAGCAACACGCUUUCCCCCAGACGGCCCAGCAGCAUCAAGUGCAGCCGCAACAACAAAUGGCCAAAGCCAGCUUUAAUCAUCAGUCCACCAACAACCCAAUGACUGUAAAGACAGGAAACCAGGCGGCCAUGACUGUCCCCCCUGCUGCCUCUGUAGCGCCUUCCUCAUCCUCUUCCUCCUCUUCUGCACUUCCUCUCUCCCAACUUCUCCUGUCGCCCUCCGCCGCCCCUGUAAUCCUGGUGCCUACUUCAAAUGUUGCUACCUCCACUCAGGGCUACCCGAUAGGUUCAGUGACAUCGAAGGGCAACAUCAAUGCGCAGACUCUGGUGGUGCAGCCUCUUCAGCAAGCCACGUCUAAUAUAGAGAGAGGUCCCGUUCCAAUCCAGCCCAAGACGGCGCAGGGACACCGCUUACCUGUGCAGCUGCCCCCCAGACACCCUCCUCCUAUACUUCCAGCUCCAUCUAGCAACUGUCAGGUGGGAGGUUACAACCCUCCCCACAUCCCUGUCCAGCUGGUGGGAGCCAGACAAGGCCUAGCAGGAACCGCACAAGCCGUGGCCCUGGCCCCAACACGAAGCUGCACAGCGCUGGAUGCUCAAUCUGGUGGGAGUGUUGGCACAGUCUCCGGCAAUACUGUCAUGACAAAGCCUGCUGUUGGUUCUCUGAAGAGAAAAUCUGACUGUAAUGCACCGAAUGAGAUGGCAGAGUCUUCAGAUACUGAACCCAUGAAAGAUUCAGCUCCUCCUCUAUCCCCUGCCCCCCCAAAGGACUCGACUCCUGGCGAUACCACCUUCUCAUCUCCUCCCACCCUUUCUUUGCCUCUGCCCUUGUCGAGAGUUGGGCUCGGGGACAAAGACAAAGCGCCGGUUCCUCAAGCAGUGGUCAAACCUCAAGUCCUCACUCACCUUAUCGAGGGCUUCGUGAUCCAGGAGGGAGCCGAGCCCUUCCCUGUCGCUGGACUCCUCAAGGACAGAGAGUUUGCCCUGGUUGGCCGAACAGAGAACGGCCCUCCACUGUUGAAAUGUGAGUACUGCGGAUGUCUCGCUCCAGCCAGUCAGUUCAGGGGAUCAAAGAGGUUCUGUUCGAAUACUUGUGCUAAAAGGUAUAACGUAAGCUGCAGCCAGCACUUCAAGAGCAGCAGAGGGAGAAGUGCGGCGGGACAGGCACCACCUGCAACGCCCACGGAGAGCUCGGCGAGGCGCAGGGGCCCGUCUCGCAGGAGCAGUUCUAGCAUCACCUAUAACAAAAUGUCAAACAAGCAUCUUUCUGUCAAGUGUCACUCCGAGUCCAGUCGCUCAGAAGAUGUUUCCAGCGACGGGGAAGAGGAGGAGGAUGAUUCUCCAUCGCUGUCCCCCGGCUCCUCCCGCUCCUGCUCCAGAGCAGACCUCAGCGCUCCUCAGUCCGACAGCUCAGCGCCAGGAAGCCUGCCACUAGAUGGUGCUGGCUUCCUAUCUGCAACUCCUUCGCAGUGGAGCGUGGAGGAAGUCUGCAGGUUUAUCUCUUCUCUUCAAGGCUGCGAGGAGCUGGCUGCCCACUUUCUGUCACAGGAAAUAGACGGGCAGGCUCUGCUGCUUUUGCGCGAGGACCAUCUCAUCUCCACCAUGAAUAUUAAGCUGGGUCCCGCUCUAAAGAUCUGUGCUUCCAUCAACAGCCUACGCGAGUGACCGCCGUUUUCUCGCUUUAAUUUCUCCGUGGAAUCAACAGUUGGACUGAGAUUCAGAUGCUUUUGUUUUGUUUUUAACAAACAGCGUCUCAUCAAUCCUAUGAACACAUGAGGGAUGGACAUGUACUGUUAUGUCAGGCAGUCGGUGCCGCAGACUGAAGUAUCCAUAUCAGUAUUUGUUGUUUUGUUUUUUCCUCUGUUACUGUGAUUAGUUUUUUCUUUGGUAUGUAGUCUAUACCCUUGAGAACGUGCAACACUGCCAGACUCCUGGGUCUUCUGGCUCAAAUACUUCCCUCGAUGGACACAAAAAAUAAUAACGUUGCCUUCUGGCUGUAUUUCAAAAGGUGCUUUAACUUUAGUGAUGUGACUUCAUCAAUAGUGAAUUACAUUUAUAUUUUUAGCCGUUUUGUAUUGUACUUUUGUAAUAGUUUUCCAACCCAGGCUCCACAUCAAGUACAUGACACUCAGAAUGACACUCAGAAAGCCUGAUAUUUUUUUUAUUAGUUAUUUUUAAACAGUUAAAACUUUAGUUUUGUAUCUUUUCUAUUUUAUAGUACAGAAUUAUUUUUUCAUGGGACACUUUGAGUAGCUUUAAUCAACUGAACUACCUGAGAAGUGGCCUUCCUCAUGGUUUACUUUCUCAAGGGCUGGAAGGAAGUACUCCUUACAUGUAUGCAGUACUGUCAAUGAAAAGUACUUUUUACUGGA